CCCGGCCCGGACCCUGCCCCGCAGCGCCUCCAGCCUCGAGGGCCGCAGCGUCCCGGCCACGCCCGUGCUGGGCCGGAGCCCCCGCGGGACCCCCCGGGAGCGCCCCGAAGCCCCCCGGGGUUUGCCCCCCCGGCCCUGGUCCGGCAGCCAGGACUCCCAAUUGGGGGGGGGUCCUCACCUUACCCAUCCCCCCCUCCCCUGCCCCCCUCCCCCACCCGGCGCUCCCCGCACCCGCCGCAGCAACAGCUCCGAGGCUUUGAUCGAUUGGGGAGGGGGCUCCGAGACCCCCCCGGGGCUGCGUGGGGGGGGUCCCGGCGGGGCUGGGGGAGGGGUCCCGGCCGCCCCUCCCCCCUCGGCGGAGCAGCGGCGCAGCCAGAAGUGGCUGGCGCUGGAGGGGCUGCGGGACUGGUACCUGCGGCACACCGGGACCCCUCCCCGAGCCCCUCCCCCACCCCCCCACCUGGGCGCUCCUAUUGGCCGCGGGGGCGGCGUGGGGGCGGGGCGAGGCGCGGCGCGCGGCGGCGGCGGGCACGGGAGCGACGCGGGAGCGGCUGAGGUGAGCGGGGCCGGGGGCGCGCCGGGGCCGGGGCUCACCGCGAUCCGCGCCCGGUGA